AUGUCGGUUCCAGGACCCUACCAGGCGGCUUCCGGCCCUUCCUCGGUGCCCAGUGCAACCCCGACCUACGAACAGACGGUCAGCAACCACUACCCUUCGCCUCCAAUGCCCAUACCUGGGCCCACCAUGGGACUCAUGACAGGCCCCGACCGGAAGGACAUGAACCUUCCUGUGUACUACACACAGCCGGUGCCCGUGCCCAACGCCAAUGCCAGAGCCGUGCAGACCGUGUAUGUGCAGCAGCCUGUCUCGCUUUUCGACCGCCUGGUCCAGAUGUGUUGUCCUUCCUGCAGCAAGAUGAUCGUGACAAGGCUGUCCUAUAACGCCGGCGCCCUCACCUGGCUCUCCUGCAGGAGCCUGUGCCUGCUGGGGUGUGUGUUGGGCGGCUGCUUCAUCCACGUCUGCGUGGACGCCCUGCAGGACAUGGACCACUACUGCCCAAACUACAAAGCUCUGCUGGGCACCUACAAGCGUUUGUAG